UUGUGAGGGUUAACUUGUAUGAUGGAUACUGUAGAUCAGAGGUCACUAACAGGCGAUCUUCUCGAACUGCAGGAUGAUGUUCAGGCUUCUGCUGCUCCUCUGCCUUGGACUCUGUCUCCCUGCUGUCUUAGGGGUGGACUCAUAUAUCAGUGCAAGUAUUGGUGAAUCUGUCACGCUGCCCUGUGAUGAACCAACAGCUAUAGACACCAAGGAAGCUCUUACGUGGAUGUGUAAUGGCAGGCAUGUCUCUUCAUUUAAAAAUGGAAGUUGGUGUGAAUCUCAUCAUUACGUGAAUCGAACUCGGCUUGGAUCCAUCCAACAGAACAACGUGUCUUUGAUCAUUAAUCCUGUCAGAAAAGAGGAUCAAGGGGAUUAUACAUGCCGGAUCAACUAUAAUGAAAUACGAAGCAUUCGCCUUAAUGUGAAAGGGGGCCGGAAACGAAAGGAUGCAGAGAUGCCCCCUGGAGAUCCUGCUUGCAGGCCAUACAGAGAGAGAGAAGAUCCUCCAGGGUCAGAAACCAAAGACAAACAGGAUUCUGAUGAAAACCCUCCAGGGGUGUCUUCAGGAGGAAACCAGCUGGUGAUUGGGGUGAUCGUGGGGGUCGUGGUGACUGUGGCAGCCGCAGUGGGGGCUGCAAUUUUGAUGCAGAAUCGACAAAGAGAUGAAAAUCUGCCUGAUCCGGGAUCAUCUGAACAUCCCCUGAAUAAUGGUGCCUCUUGCCCUCUUGGGGACAGCAGUGCUGAGAGGAUGUAGGAACCAGAGAAUCGGCAAAGAGAUGAAAA